AGUGGAAUGGUAUUAAAAGGUUAUGUUAGAAGUGGAAUGGAGACUUUCAGAUGGAGAAGAUAAACAUUCUAUUAUUGUGCUCGAGUUUGUUAUAAAUCCUAAUUACAGUUACAAUAAAGAAAUUUUUAAAUAAAAUGAGAUUUAUUGUUAUAAAUGAAGAUAAAUUUAAAUGUGAAUAUAAUUCAAGACAUUAUAUUUGAUAAAUUGUAAUGGUAAAAACCAACGAAGAAACUGUUGACCAGAGACAGUAUAAUCAAAGCCAGUCAAAUAUUCAACGAGGAAAAUGGAAGAAAAAACCUCCAGAAGGCUCAGAUGAAAUGGUUACAUUAACAAAAUCACAACUUCGAGCUAUUUUAGAAGCAAUUGGACAAAUUGGGCAAAGAAGAGAUAAUGAUUUACAAGAAAUUGGUGUUGGUGGUGACGACGAUGAUGAUGAUGACUGUGAAAACUUUGAAGAAAAUAACAUUAAUCACAAUAUUAAUGACAGCAGUGAAUCAAAUUGUCCAGCAUUUAAUAUUCUCUCUCAUCAUUCCUGUUCUGAUUCUACAAUUCAAAAUUCUGAGAAAGAUUCUUCUCAAAUAUCAACACUUUCACAACCUUCAACAUCUAGCAGGCCGAUUCCAAUGAGUCGUCUUGAUCAAAAACGCUUGCAGUGGGAAAAAGAAAGAGCUGAAAUGCAAGAAUGGAAUCCUUGGGGUAAACCAGGUGCUGGUGCUCCUAGAAACAGACAUUCUGCUUCACAGGGAUUAUCAAAAACUGAAUCACAGGUCUUGGUUGUUCAUUCUACAUCAAAUAGUUCCUAUCCUACUCCGUGUAGAAGCAGUUUAAGUUCACCAUUUCAUAUGUAUAAAUCUCCUAAUGAUACUCCACAAGGAUCACAAUCUCCUAAUUUGACUACCAUUUCACAGUCAUUAAUGAAAACUUUCAGAAAUUCUCUAUCAUUUUCAGUAAGUUUUUUAAUAUUAUUUAAAUAUUUGAUUUUUUUUUAAUCAGUCAAUCAAUCAAUGCAUUAUUCAAGACAGAAGGU